UACAGGUAUCAGCAGGCCACAAAGGCGUAUCCAUCAGCUGCAAAUGCUCAAGCAAUGGCUGCCAAAGUUGACACACUUAAAGAGGAGAUGGAUGAAGCUCAGAACAAAAUGGAAAUAUGCAAGGAUCAACUGGCAGCAGACAUGUACAACUUUUCCUCCAAGGAAGGAGAAUAUGCUUGCUAUUAUGUGUUGUUGGUAGAAGCUCAAGCUGAAUACCACAGAAGAGCUUUAGCGUCCAUCGAGAGUGUCCUGCCCAGCAUACAGUCCCAGCAAGGUGUGAUAGUUUCUCUUCACUUCCUGGACAGUCCUGCACUGAGCAUCUGUUGCAAAGGUUUUGUGUGUUUUCCACAUUUCCUUUCGUGCCAGGGUUUGUUCCGUAUCGCUGCUGGAGCCUCUAAACUGAAGAAGUUAAAGGCGGCACUGGACUGUUCCACUUCCCAACUGGAGGAGUUUUACUUCGACCCUCAUGCUGUAGCCGGAGCCCUCAAAUCUUACCUGAGGGAGCUGCCUGAACCUCUGAUGACUUACCAGCUGUAUGAAGAGUGGAUCCAAGCCUCAAAUAUCUCUGACCCUGAUAAGAGGCUUCAGGCGCUGUGGGUGGUAUGUGACAUGUUACCAAAGGCCAACAAGACCAACUUUAGGUACCUGGUGAAGUUUCUUGCGAAGCUUGCUCUGGAAAGUGACAUAAAUAAGAUGACAGCGAGCAACAUCGCCAUCGUACUGGGACCCAAUUUACUGUGGGCCCGGACAGAGGGAAGCCUUGCUGAGAUGGCAGCUACUACCUCCAUCCAUGUCGUGUCUAUAAUAGAACUGAUAAUCAACCAUGCAAGCUGGUUCUUCCCUGAAGACGUGGACUUCAACGUUUCAGGCAUAUUUGCUAUGCCUGGGUGCCCAGGGACCCCUGACUCAGAAUCUGGAACCAUAGACAGGAGGCGCCCAGGCAGCCAGGGGUCGCUCGAAUCUGACACACCCCGCAAAGACAGCCCUGCUAACAAACAGCCGGAAAUCGCCCCUCGUAGAGCUGGCACAAUAAAUAAAAAGCAGCACUCCAUGUCUAACUUCCAGCCCCCUCUCCCUCCCAUUGACGCCGGGGGGCUUCCCGUGUUUGAGCCCUCCCUUCUGUCGCCCACUGGCGGGGGUGUGGAGGCUGUGCAGGCGGGAGCUGCGCUUCCUCAGACCCAUCAACCUUUAGUUCAGCAGACUGCGGAGAACAGUUUCAUCACCCGAGAUCCUGCAUCCACACCCCCUGCCAUGAGGAACGGACCAGGAGGUUCGAGCGGGACGCCCACUCAGCUGAAUGUGGGGACCCCGACCUCCGGUCCUAAGGGCCCCAGUCCAUUCAUGACACGCAGAGGUACAAAGAAACAAGCGCCGCCACCUCCCAAACAGACCGCCCCUCCCACACCUCAGAGCUUAAAAGCGGCUCCUAACCAACUCUUAGCCCUGAGCUCCCCUCAGUCUCUCAUUGCAUCCCGUCGCAACAACCAGACCCCCAUCCAGGCCCCCAGCCACCCUCCUCCUCAACCUCCUUCCCAGAGCACAGAUGAAGCCGAACCGUCCCCUCCCAGAACGCCCACCCCUCCCGGGACACCUCCUUACGACGGCUCCCAGCCACGCCCCAGGCCCACCCCUCGAGCGCGACCCAAACCCAGCGGCCCGCCGCCACCCCAACCAACUAGCGACGGUGCCAAUGGUGUCUGUGUUUCUGGCUCCAAGAUUAUCUCAGAUGAUGAUGGAGAUGGAGAGGAGAGAUCUUUGACGGGACUAGGGCUGGAUCUUGUCCCGGAGCUUGAGGAAGAUGAAACCACAGAAACACUCCCAGAAGAUGAACACCAAUCAGAAAACACCGCCCUGUGAGGUGGGCGGAGUCCAGUCUUCACACAGCCAAUGGAAAGCUAUGUUCGUAAUGGAAUACUAGCAUACUUACUGCAAUAGUUUACGAUGUGAAAGUAUUCAAUAUGAAAAAACAUUUUAAACAUGACCUCAGUUACCUUAUGAGUAAAUAUAGGUAUUAAGCAUUCAGAUUUAAGUAAAAAAAAAUGUUUUAACUUUUGUGAGAAUGAUCAAAUAAGGAGUCAUCGCAGUUGCUUCUGGUUCAAACGUCACACUGGAAAUGGAAGGUCAAGUCGAUGCAUUGCAUUGUGGGAUAUGGUACCCAGCACAGUGUGCAAUUAUAGUAGGUCAUCUGGGUAUUCGAAGCAUACAGAAAAUUUGUAUGCCAUCAUGCAACGUAUACAUACAGCACAAGUAGUGAACGUGGUAUGGUAGUAUGCUAUUCCGAACAUAGCCAUUCACUUUAACCUUUGACCCCUACAGAAAACAAUACAUUUACACAAUCUCUCUGUUCUCACAAUGCUGGUACAUUGUAACCAUAUACCAGGGGGGAAAAAACAGUACGCACAUGUAAACAUGCUAUACAAUCUUGAUUUCAUUCACAAAUGGCAUAAAGCUGGUUUGGGUUCUAAUCAAAUAUGAAUGUCUUUUUACAUAACAAGUGUUAUAUAUGUGCCUUGUAAAUCAAAUCACUGAGUUUGUGUGACUGAUGUCUUUUUGUUGGUUAUCAUGGUGAAUGUCCUUUAUUCAAAUGUAUUUUAAUCAUUCCUUUUGUCUUUUAAUACUUUUAAGAUUGGACAAAAAUUGGAUUAAAAAAAGACUAUUAAAAAACAACGGUUAUACAGAUACAAUUGAUUUACUACAUGCAAAAAUAUAAUUUGUACUUUGAAGUAUUUUUUCCUGGGGUGCAAUACUGCUGCAAUGUAGUGUUAUGACAUUACAGUCGUUUUUGUAUUAGUUUAGUAGUUUUUAACAAUUGUAAUGUUUUACAGGGUUUACUUUAGUGGAGUAUGUACCAUUAUCAAUUUACUCAUCCACUGUUGGCCAUUAAAAUAAACCCUGUACAUACUAUUAUGAAAUACAUCAUUCUCAAAAUGACCAAAGAUGCUUUUUUUUUUUUAAGUGUAUGAUCCUGUGUCAGAGCUUUAGGGGGUUGUUUCAUGUUGUAUGAAAGGGCUAAUGGAUCAGUCAAGCUCAGGAACAUUCAUUCCUUUCAUGAAUGAGUAUGUGUCUUUAUUUCUGUGGAUCUUUCUGUUAUCUUGAAUAGGCUUUCUUAAUUGUACAUAUUGAUUUCUUAUUUUCUGUUUCACCCCCUUUUGUACACGCGUGUGUACACAUUUCCUCCAUCUGAAUUCUCAUUCAUGUUCUCCAGUGCCUCGGAUGAACAAAUGUUGUACAAAUUAAUUUUUUCAACACAGUAGCUGUUUUCUGAUUAUAUAUCUAAUAAAAUGCUUAAUUGCAG